UGUUAGUUCCUCGGACGCGCUUUUCUGGCAAAGGUGAAACAGAAAACCUCCUCCCCUUUGUGUUUCUCUUUUAUUUAUAUUCUUUUAAUCACGCUCGCGCAGUAAAUUCGGUAGUGUAAAUAAUUUAACAAUAGCAUAUUUAAAUUUUUGUUGGAAAAAGAGAAGAUUUACUUGCAAGGAAAUAUUUUUGGAACUUCAACUUCGGAAUUUUUUUUAAUUGAGAAUAAUCUUUACAGUUCGUACCUUUUCUCUGACAUAUGCGUGUUAUGCUAACAGCAAUUAAACAAAGCUAAAAUGCCGAAAGUUAGUGCAAGAAGUCCCAGUUUGACAAGUCAGGAGAGUUGUUCAGCAGUGAUUAUAGCCGAUUUGGUCGCAGAUGUGCCCAUUGUUGAUGACUCGCACAUUAUAAACAGGAGACCCUCCGGACCGAAAGAUAAAAAAGAUGCUAAACACGGCUAUAACGGACCGGCUGAAGAAACUUUUUCCCCAGCAGUUGUCAACGUAGGUUCUAUGGAAACUGUCAAUAUGCAGUCUGCGAGGAAUGGCGGGGGCAUAUCAAAAGGAGUUAUUUUAAAUGCAACACAAUUCGGACCGGCCGAAACACGACUUAAAUUAGACAGUGAAAAGAAAGAGAAAGAUAUAGCUUUAAGCCCUGUGUCACCAAUGCAAGUGUCCCAAGUGCCUGAAUCUACGAAAGAAGAUAUUAUGUCUGGUUUUAGUGAGAUGUCAUUAUCAAGGAAAAUUGCAUUUGGAGCUUCAUUUUUACCUUCCAUCCUCUUUGUGUUAUGUUUUGCCGUUAUACUGCCUUGUCAAAAGCCCGUGCCUUGCAUCGAAGAAAAGUUUCGUCUCAUACUGAAUGACACAGAUGUAUCAAGACUUAGGAUUCCAAAUAAUAUUGUCUUCACAUAUAAAAAUAACUUGGAAAAUGGAGCGAUGAGUAUUGAUGAAAAUGGUGAAGAGCUUUGGAAAACACAAAUGAAGGAAUCUGCUAAUUUUAUUGAAUGUGGAAAUUUUGCGUCACCAGACAGAAAAGAUUGCCUUGUUAUGGAUAAGUCUGGCGUUUUGUACCUCUUUAAUGAACUUGAUGGAAAACUAAUAUGGACUAGAAGCAUAACUGCUGGACAUGAAGCCGUACCUCAUCCAGCAUUUUUUCCAGAUUGCGAUGGUAAAGACGUUCCAGAAAUAGCAUUGGCUGUGUCAAAGGACAAAGUUAGAAUUUUAUCCCAAAUAAACAAAGUAUACGAUGUAUAUAUUCCUCGAUGUGAUACUAAUCCGUCCAGAUUGACAUCUUGGGGAAAUGACACGGCAGAUUUAAUUUUUAUUUGCCAGAAAGGAGAGAAAGAAGUAUUAAACGUUGCAAAGGAUUUAUGUUCCCGUAACGUAAGAGUGCCACAGAUCCUUUCCAGAGAAAUUGGUGAUUUAAGCAAAGGGAAAAUUUUACCAACCAAAGAUGGAUUGGCAGUGUGGAUUCAAGACGAAGUGACCUUUUACGAUUUUAACUAUAACCCAGUAUGGACUGUUUCAACUGAACCUCAUUCCAACAAAAACCGAUUUCUUCUUUACGGAAAAUUUCACACUGUUGGGAGACAGCUUGCGCUUUUUAGCAGCGACCUUAAUUCCCGGUUUUUGGCAACGAGGUUGGAUAUUGAGAACGGAAAUACAACAUGGACAAAAUCCAUUAAGAACACUGAGGCAUCUGACGUAUCUCACGUUGAAGGGAAGCAGAAAGAUUUUGCCGUAGUAGUAAUGAAGAAGGUGAAAAAUCAGGACGAUAUCACUACCGAAGCCGUAGCAAGAAUAAAUAGUGUGUCGACAACAAUUGUUUCCUUUAUAGCUAAUGAAGAAAUCAACUUUCAUGUGCUGAAUGGAACUGGUGACUCACUCGUGGAAGAAAUUUCAAUUAUGGAGUUAGAUGGAAAAGAAGAUGGACUCAUCAUAGAUAAAAAAGAAAUUUUGGCACCAAAUGGCCCAAUGCAUGAAUCAACCAUUUUGGUGAAUGUACAAGAAAGCGACAAAAGGCCUUUGACGAUAUUUGUAGUGCAAAAGUCGAAAGAUAACCAAGUGAAAAAAUCUAGUAUUCGCAGUAUUAGAAUUGCCAACUGGGAUUCAUCUACAGAAGAAUUCGAUUGCAUCACGAAAUAAAACCGAUUAAUAUUCAUCAAAUUUGAUUAUAAAUAUGUCACAAUAAGUGAACAAAUUUCAGAAAACUGUCAGACUUGUAUAUACAUGUUUUCUUGUUCAAGAAUGUCAGCCUAGUUCGUUCAAGAAUGUCAGCCUAGUUCAAAAACUGCUUUUCACUGUUUUGUAACUUAUAAUUUUAAGUAUACCCAACGUUUCAAUGAAGUUUUCAGUAUUUUAUAGACAUGUUAACAUUUUAAAAAAUAAAAUACCCAUGUUUUAUGAA